ACGGGCAGACAUCAUUUCUCCCUCGGCGUCACUGGACUCGUAUCCGAGACGACGACGACAAAAAUCCCCCAAAAUCAGGAAUUAAACAAUCAUAUCAACUCACUGUCAAAGUAGACAUGGCCGACACAGCUGUUGACACCACCGCAACUGCAGAGGUUACAGCCAAGGAGCUGAAAGAGAAGAAAGAAGUUGAAGUGGAGGAGGAGGAGAAGACAGACAACGGGGACGCACCUGCUAAUGGAACUAAUGGUGCAGACCACAGUGACAAAGUUGAUGAUGCCGCAGUAGAGGAAGAGCACAAGAAUGGAGAUGAGGAAGAGGCGCCCCCUGCUGAGGAGACGGAUGCACAGCCUGUGAAGCGUGCUGCCGAUAAAGAGGAGGAGAAAGUGGACACCAAAAAACAGAAGACGGAGGAAAAUGGAGACUCAAAAGAGGCGGAAGUGAAGGCUUAAAAAUGGCAGUUCUGUAUGCAGCCCAGUCUUACUGGUCAACAUGGUGUUGUAGAGCUUGUGCUUUUUCUAGGUUACCCCAACUCCCCUCCCCCCUCUUUUUUUUUUUCCUCCCAUGUUCUCACAUUGCACUGGAGUUGUGAAACAUUGUGGCCCUCUUCUUUUCCCUAUUUUUCUUUCUACAAGAUGUUAUUUAUUGGUCUUUAAAAUGAGCAUUUUUUUUGUAUGUGUGCAAAACGGGGCCAUUCUAUGACACGAGUUGAUUUCCAUUUCCUUGCUUCUGUUUGUAAGCACAACCUCUAUCAAGUCAGCUCUGACCAGCCGAUUGCUUAAACGUUCAGGCAGCUGCUCACGUUCACGUCAAGGACCAAAGAUAAGUUUUAAGCUGGGGCUAAUAAUAAUAAACGUUAUUAGUUGAUGCGUAAUCUUUUGUUGGUGUUUAAGCUGCUAGUUAAUCCUCGGCCGCCCUGUUAGCAUAACAGAUGGUGCUCAUGAUAUUAAGGGCCUCCACGCCACUACCAUUUUGGUUGGGGUGGGCUUUCUGUUGUUUUGCCAACAUUAAUUAACCCCUCUUAAAUCUUAACGCUUUGGUCUCGUUUGUUCUGUAUGCAUUCCACGCAGGUUUGUACCAUUUACAUUUUUUUGUUGGUUUGUUUUCCCCAUUUUCUUACGGAGUUUACAUUUAUGGCUGGGUAACCCGCUUUUGUGUCCAAGACUGCCUCUCUUUAACAUCCAGCCGUGACAUCGGGUUACUUCAUCCACUGCUUUGUAUAUUCUCAAACAAAUAAAAUGUCUUUUUACUUAA